GAAAGCUGUGUGAUCCACUAAUCAGGGAUGGAGAGAGCGAGCAACAUCGGAGACAAGAGCAUCACAGCCACAUACCCGCACAGCUCCCUUCAUCAUGUCUUCCGUCGCCGACCUCUACAGCCACACGCCCGUCUCGCGCAGUACGGGACAAAUGACUGUAGGACAUCGCACAUGACAUCCGUCGUUGAUGCCUCGUUUGACAUCUGACGACUCCCGACGGCGUAGGACCCACCGCACCGCCUCCGAGCCACCUCCUAUCACUUAACACCUCUCUCACUCCAUCAUCCAACAUGUCACAGACUGCAACACCGACUCCCUUCACCAUUGCCGUUACGGACGAGAAGCUCGCGUGGAUACAAGACCGCGUCAAAACCGCGCUCGUCAUCCCCGACGUCGAGCAUCCCGCGGGCGACGAAUGGGCCGCCUGGGUGGACGGCCCACCGACGACGGCUAUACAGGCCCUCGUCGACUAUUGGCGCACCUCCUACGACUGGCGCAAGGUCGAGGCGCGGCUCAACAACACCUUCCGCAUGUUCACUGUGCCUAUUGAGGAGCAGGGGGAGACCUUUGACGUCCAUUUCGCGCACCAUAGGAGUACGAGGAAGGGUGCGGUGCCCAUGAUAUAUGUCCAUGGGUGGCCGGGGAGCUUUCUCGAGUCUGAAGCGCUGGUCGAACGCCUCGUCGAGCCUGAGGACCCCAACGCGCAGGCUUUCCACAUCGUCGCUCCCAGUCUCCCGGGCUACGCGUUCGGCGGUCGCUCCAAGCGCCCCGGCCUCAGCGUCGCCACCAUCGGCCACAUCUUCAACACACUCAUGGUCACCAUCCUCGGCUACCCAUCCUACAUCGCCCAAGGCGGCGACUGGGGCUCCAUGAUCAUCCGGCGCAUGGCCGCACAGCACCCGUCCACCUGCAUCGCAGCACACACCAACUUCCCUACGCCCUUCGGCCCCCCGUCCGCGCUCAAACACCCCCUCGCGCUCUUCUGGCUCGCCACGCGCUGGUUCACGCCCGCGCAAAAGGAGCGCCUCGCGCGCAUGAUGGCGUGGCGCGAGACCGAGCUCGGGUACGCGCUCAUCCACGGCGAGAAGCCGCAGACUAUAUCCUACGCCCUGCUCGAUUCGCCCGUCGGCAUGCUCGCGUGGCUGUACGACAAGGCGCGGCGCGUCGUCGAUCCCGCCAACGUUUAUCUGUGGGAGCGCGACGACGCGGACAAGGAGCGGAUGAUCACGUGGACGAUGCUAUACCUCCUCUCGGAGAACUCGGCGCAUGCAAGGAUGUACAAGGACAAUAUGCACGGUAUGGGCGAUCUCGGCGCGAUCGAUGCGAGUGUCGCGGUGGGUGUGAGCGCGUUCAGGUACGACUUGGGGUAUAUGCCCAAGUGGUGGGCGGACGUGAGUCUUGGGUAUAAUAUCACGUUCUGGAGGGAACACGAGGCGGGCGGGCAUUUUCCGACGCUCGAGUGUCCGGGGGUGUUUGCGAGGGAUCUGCAGGAUUUCGUGGGCAGUGUGCCGCAGGCGUGUUUGCAGAAGUUGCGGGAGUCUGGGGAGGCGGCUGGGAACUGACGUAUCUCUAUUCUAUAUUUCGCGUUUUUGACAUUAGCGACGGAAGAUGCUCGAUCUAUCGUAUUGCUGCCAUUAUGUUGUACCACACUUUCAAUCACGCCAUCGCAAUCUUAACCGUAUCCCA